AUGGAGCACACUCGCACACAGACUAACACACCCCCUGCAGAAGCAGUGGGAUUGCAUGGAGACCGCAGACGAGGGUCUCGCGGCCCAGGCGAACCAAAGAAAGCCAGUGGGUCCGCCGUGGUAGCGGCAGCAGGGGUUGGAGUGGGUGUAGGAGUAGCAGCACAGCCUUCGGAAUCGUCCCAGUCAUCAUCGUCGUCAUCUUCGUCAUCCGCCACGGUCUCGCCUCCGGCUGCCGUUGGAGGCACUAACAGAAACCCGAUGGCGUCGUCAUCUACGACGACGGUAGCAACAGCUGCAGUGUCACAUCGCACGGCAGAUGGCGAUUAUGUGGGCGAUGUAAGAAUAUCCUCAGAUCAUGGAACCAUCACACCGGCCCAGCAGGUAGGAAUGGACGACUCAGAUCCCGGGGCUUAUCAGUCCCAGCCGCAACACAACCAGGAACAAGAACAACACUCGCAUAGCCAGGGAUAUUUUCAACCGCCUGCGCUUUUCAAGCCGUUUGAUGCCAAAACAGGUCGAUUUCUGGGGUCUCCCAACCAGGCUGAUGCGGCCGUAACGGCCGCAUCUUUGGCCCCACAGACUGCCUCGGCAGACUCGGACUACGAAAUGCCUUCCGAGACCCGCCACGCAACAAAUUUGGCCGCUUUGGCGUCCCUUAAGGCAUCAGCAGGCAAAAACAACAAGUUCAGAUCGCUUUCGGUGCCCUCUAUCCUGCAUUCAUCGUUGCGAAGCAUGGGCCUUUCCACUUCAGGAGGGCUCUUUACCCUGCAACAGCAACAACAUCAGCAGCAGCAGCAGCAGCAGCAACAACAGCAGCAACAGCAACUGCAAGCACAUGGACUCGAAGACCGCCAGCAAGAUGUGCAAUCACAACAGAAACUGGGCCAUGAACAGAAUAGUAGCACACACCCACAGCUUCCGGCGCAACAGUCUAUCAUGCACAUGAACCGAGGAAUAAAGAAAAAAAGACAAAGCAAACACUCGGCGUCUUUACGUCACGCUCUUCUCAUGCACCAGAGCAUCCAAUCCUCAAACAAUAAAAUCAGUAUAACAGAUCGAAUCAAGUACAUGAGAUCUUACCCAGGACCUAUGCCCUUGCCACCGAUAAAUCUGCAAUGUUUGAAAGAAAUUGAUCUUCAAGAAAUUGUGAAAAAUCCCCAAUUGCGCCAUGACAUAAUAUUUGAUCCUCUACUACAAUUCAGACCCAAUCUUGACGGAGAACGAGGACUCAAGAAAAAACAAGUUUCGGAAAAAUACUGGUAUGACGUUGAAAACGAAAUAUUUGUUUACAAAUGGAAACCGGAAACUUUCAAACUGGAUCAAACGCGACUGGUUCCUCUUUUCAACAGUUUGAAGGAAGUCUUGACCACCAUAGUUCCUCAAAAGGAGGUGCAUACUGUGGAAAACGUUUUGGACACAGAAUUGCUCGUUCAAGAGCUGCUCAAAGGUUCGUUAAUGAUGUCUAGUUUUGCUGACUGGCUCGCUCAAUUAUUUAAACAUCACUGUGCGCCCAUGAGAGACCCAUGGGUGGAUAAGAUGAGUUCCAAAUUCAAAGAAUCAGAAGAUGAAAAGUCUGUCCCCAAACUAGUCGAGGGCCUGAGGUUGGUCUUUCAAAUACUGGAAGCCAUGAAACUCGAUAUUGCCAAUCAUCAAAUUAGGAUAUUGAGACCCGCACUGUUGAGCAAUGCGGUAGAAUUCGAAAAACAGUAUUUUCAAUCCCUCAUGACAACUAACAGGGUGGACCUCAAAUCCUCGUUCAAAUGGUUUCAAGAUAAAUGCGUUGAAUAUAAUCAGUCAACGCCAGGACAUGCUGAGCGCUUCAAAGCGCCCGAGGUGUAUCGGUUCUGCAUAAGAAGCAUCAUCAGUCUGCUAUCGUGCAGGAAAAUGGUUCGGGACUAUCCAACAUCAUUGUCUUUUGACCAUGCUCGACUUGUUCUACUUAGAGCAGACAUACGGCAGAUUGUGUGUCUAUUGGUCUGCCGGCUGCUUUUCAAGCAGCUGGUUACCAAUGAUACCACCAUGGACAAGGCUAUGAAGGAGCACAUACUGAACUCCUACACCAACAGAAAGCUGAAAGAUGAGAUUGUUAGCAUUAUCACGGACGAGCAUGGCAAUUGCAGGUGGACUAAGAAUACCAUGGCGAUUGCUAUUCAUUUUUGCAAAACAAUAAGCGACUUGAGACAGGAUUUUCUGCUACAGAGAACGAUGCAGGACGUCACACUGGCGCGGUCUACUACGGAAUCUCACCCCAUUGUACAGGCACCUAGCUUGAACAAUGCGCAGAUUGAUUUUGCCAAAUCUUGGCUCUCGAAGCAAACGCAGCCUUUGAGCGAGGUGUACGGCGUGCUAGAGACCCGUGUAUUGCAGCAAUUGGAAAACAGCAUUUUUUCGCGUUCUGGCUGUACCCAGGAUGGUACUAUCAAACAGAAUUUCGUUCAUCUUUGCAGCACUAUGACAGCAAAUAACGGGUCCACCAAGUCUGCAGCUGCUAGCUCACGGACACGGCCUACAACAAGCUCUUCUGCAGCUUUCAAAGAUGUGUUUACCUUUCAGCAGUCUCAGCAGCAGCAGCAACAACAACAACAACAACAACAACAACAUCAUCAUCAAGAACAGCACCCGCAACAACAGCCUGUACCAGUUCAGGGAUCAUCCAGCGGUCUUGCUACAGUUGACAUGGAAGAGUUCGAGAGCCUUUUCUGUCAUUUAUACACGUUGGUGAACUUCCAUUGGUCGGUAUUUGGGUGUCUCUACAUGGAUUAUUUGGGAGACAAAAUGGAAGCGGUUCACUAG